AUGACGUCAGCUGUCCAUCCACUGGUGUCCAGCCACUGGUGUCUAGCAAGAAGUGAGUCUAGGGGGCGGCAGCUGGAUGCCUCUCAGAUGACCAACAAGAUGGCUGAACAUUUACCCAUUCUCACUUUGUUUUGUUUAAAACCAUUUAAAUCAUCUUCAAUUUCUCCUCUAGAAUUCGAUAAACCAUGGAAAACAUUUGAUUGGAGGCAAAAGAGACCGCUGAAAGAAAAGCUAGAGAAUUUCUCUGUAAAUAAUUCAGAUGUGAGAAACAUCAGGAUCCUGCUAGCUGGACAAAUUGGAGCAGGAAAAUCCAGCUUCAUAAACUCGAUUAACAGCGCCUUUCAAGAAGAGAUUAUUAAUGAAGCAAUUGCUGGUGCAACUGCUGAUUAUGUUAGUUUCACCAAAAAACUCAACACGUAUGAAAUCAGAAAUGAACGUGGAGAGGUGUUGCCUUUUGUCAUCAGUGAUAUAAUGGGCUUAGAAGCUGAAACGUUGUCUGGGUUACAAGUAGAAGAUAUCAUCAGCACCAUCCUCGGCCAUGUGAUGGAGAACUACAAAUUCAAAGAAGGCAAAGCAAUCACUUUUGAAGAUGAAUAUUACAACCAUAACCCUUCGGUCUCUGACCAGACUUUCUGCCUGGUUUACAUCAUAGCUGCAGAAACAGUCAAUUUAAUACAACCACUACUUUUUGAGAAGUUGAAGAUUGUGCGUGAGAGAAUCAGUGAAAAGGGGAUUCCUCAAGUGAUUGUCAUGACCAAAGUUGAUGAAGCAUGUCCACUGGUGAAGAAUGAUUUGAGGAAAAUCUACACUAGCAAGAAAAUUAAAAACCAGAUGGAGAAAUGCAGUAUUGAAGUGGGUGUACCGAUGAACAACAUCUUCCCAGUGAAGAACUACCACGAUGAGAUUGACACAAAUGAUGAAGUUGAUGUUCUGAUUUUAAAGGCAGUUGAUCAGAUUGUGCGUUCGGCUAAAGGAAAAGUGGCAAAGGGUGCUUUAAACUGAUGGGAAAUUGAUGCAUCUUAUCUACACUUUCUGGCUAUAUUCUCUGCAGUGCACAUUCAGUUUUUCU